AUGAUAAACUUCACACAAGUGCUUUUUGGGAUAACCUAUUUAAUUAGUGCCUUAUUUUCUUUAUUUUUGGCUAUUAUACCGAUAAUAUGGUCCCUUAUAGUAUCUCUGAUCUCUAAAGAUUCUGACUUUGUGUUGGGAUGUAUAAAAUGUCAAACAAACCCGGAAUACUUUUUUAAUAAAGUUAUAUGGAUCACAGGUCCAUCUUCUGGAAUUGGUAAGGCAAUUGUAUUAGAUCUAGCUAGAAUAUCUCUAACUUAUAAGAAAGAAAUAUAUCUUAUCUUAUCUGCUCGUAAUAUUGAACCUUUAAAAUCUUUGAAGGACCAUUUAAUCACUGAAUACCAAUUUACUGAAGAAAAUAUACAAAUAUUACUAAUGGAUUUAGGCGAUUUAACUCAAAUUGAUAAUAAAGUGAUAUAUGCAAAGAACUGGAAGGGUAAAAUAGAUAUCCUAUUUAACAAUGCAGGUUUACGUCAAAAAAGUAUACUUGAAGAUUUUGAGAGUGAUUACGAGAUAUUGAGUGUUAAUGGACUUGGAUGUAUGAAAUUAGCAAAAAAGGUGCUACUCAAAUGUUUUAUACCCCAAAAGUCAGGUCAUUUAGUAAAUACUAAUAGUAUUCAAGGUUAUGUAGCUCUUCCUGGUCGAUGUGCCUAUGGAGCAAGUAAACGAGCUUGUUUAGGGUAUUUCGACUCAUUGAAAUAUGAACUAUCUAGUUUAAAUUGGGAAGAAUAUUCUAAGUUGUAUUUAAAGGAAAACAAUAAUGAAAAUUUAAGUAUUUAUGAUAAACCAAAUAUAGUUAUUACAAAUCUAUUUCCAGGCUAUAUUCAAACAGAUAUUGAUAAACGUGCAAUUUACAUCUCUGAAAAGUCUAUAAAUUUGGAAUACAAAAAACAGAAAGGGUUGAAAUCUAGUAGAUGCUCUGAAUUGAUUAUCAGAGCUGUAAGUAAUAGAAUUGAAGAAGCCUGGAUAGCUAAACCACCUGAACUUAUUUUUAUGUAUUUAACUUACUAUUCACCAAGUUUCAGUUCAUUAAUGAUGAGUUUUAUGGCUAAAAGUUUUACAAAACAAACAUGGGAGAUCCAAAAAUUAUCUAUGACUAAUAUUUAA